UUGGGUCUCAGAUCUGAUACCUCUGCCCCUGCACUGGAACAAUACACAUGUACUCCUAUGUUACUGUAGUAGUAGUGGUAGUAGUAGUAGUAGUAGGAGUAAAGUACACAGACUAAUUAUGCAUUGGGCCUGCAGGUGCAUCCUUCUAUGGACCCUUGUUAUCUUCACAUCUGGAAUAAAGCCUGGGCAGUAUUUGCCUGAGAAAGAUGUUUUGCUACUGAAAGAUGAACCAAAUCCAAAAUGCCUGACUCUGGAUGGAAAUGCACAAGAUUUCACCUGUUUUUUUGCGACACGAGACAACUCCUCUUAUGACUUCUACUACACCACAGACAAUCCCCCCAGAAGAACAAAGUGUAAGGUGCAGCUCCAGAGAUCAGAAGAUUUGGGCCUUCUCCACAUCUGCUCCUUCCCUGAGUCUGACAUCUUCUUGUUUGAUGAGAUUCUUCUGGAAGUGCUGGACCAAACCAGUAACAGCAGCCUGUAUACACGGAAAGUCACUGUGGAGGAUAAUGUUCUUCCAAAGCCGCCCAAAAUCAUUUCCAUCACACAAAAUGAGAAGAUUGGAGAGCUACAGGUUUCAUGGCAGGCCAAAUGUGCAUUUAAUGUGUACUACAUGAUUCGAUUCUCUUCAAAGAGCAUGAAGGAGAAAAUAAAAGAGGGUCAGAGAACAUUCAGUGACACCUUGACUGGGCUGGUGCCAGGAGAAGAGGUCAAAGUUCAAGUCUCUGUCCGAUGCUCACCCAAUAAAUCUACAGGACACUGGAGCCAUUGGUCACCACAUGUACAGGCUGUGGUCCCCCAGUCUGCAGAUGACAUUUCCCUGCAGUGCUACACAGAGGAUUUGACCAACGUCACAUGUCAGUGGGAUGGGAGCAUAUACAAUAUAGAGACAGACUACAAACUAUUCUAUAAAAUGGGAUUGAGUGAAUCACAAGGUUGGACAAAGUGGACUGAAUGCAAUCCUCAGAUUAAUUGGACUGAAAUGUGUGCUUUCUAUGGCAACAUUGACAGUAAAUUCAGAAUUAAGAUUAUCAAUCCACUGGCUCCACUCAGCAGGACCUUCUAUGCUGAAGACUUCAAACUCAGUAAUGCUAUCAAAUCCCGAGCUCCAAGUCAUCUUAAACAGAAUGAGACAGAUAAGAUGUGUGUAAACUGGGAUCCUCCUCUCCCUGCUCUGUCAUCCCAUCUGCAGUAUGAGGUCAAUUACAAACCAUCAGAAGAGAAACACUGGACCACUAUUUCUGUGGAUGGUCCAGAGACUGCAGUGUGUCUGAAGGUCUCCUGGUGCUGUCAGUUUAAUGUGAAAAUCAGGGUCAAACCUUAUGGUCCAGAGUAUUCUGGUCAGUGGAGUGACUGGUCUGAAGUGCUCACUGGAGACGUCCCAGCUCACUUAUCAUCUCGUGUCAUGUUGCUCAUCCAGUGCAGCCCUGUCUUGCUUCUGGUCUUUGCAGUAAUCUUAAUUUUUUGUUUUACAAGUAUUUCAAGUAAUAAGCUGAAAUUGUAUUUUUGGCCACCUGUUCCUAACCUUGACAAAGUCCUUCAAGGCUUUCUAUUAGACCUUAAACAGCACAAAUGGGAUGCUCCAGCAACAGUCAAGCAGAUGUACGCGGAAACCACUGCAUCUGUAGUAGAGGUCCUGUCCAUGGAGUAUGAUUCAGGAUUGGAGGAAUCUUUGGAAAAAUCUGCAGCUCUCCUUUCCACUUCUGACACCUCGUAUUCCAGUGUGGAGCCGGAGGACAACAGCAUAGAGACAGAGCUGUAUCCAGACUACGUAGCCCUAAACAUAAACUCAGUUAUUAUGUGCUCAAAGGAGAACAGUUAUAUUUGUGAAGAUCUGAUAGACAAUAAGGAUGAUGACCUAAGUGUAGAAAUGCAGCAAAACUCACCACAAAGUUCAGAGUAUUGGUUACCACGUGGGGAUUCGUUAGGGGUCUCAGAUUUCUUAAACCAUUCGUACCUCCUCCUCGCCACAGACAAUCUGGACUGUAAAGAAAAUCAGCAGAGAGGACACGGAAACAUCUAUACAAACAUGCCACGUAAUUAGGAGAGCGGACAAGUUUAAUAAGUGCAAUAUCAAAUACCCAUAAUUAUGUACAAUACAGAUAAAACAUAACUACAGAUCAGUAUGUAUAUAGGCUAUUGAUUCUCACUGUUGGGCAAGUUACUUUGAAACUGUAAUGCGUUAUUUAUUACCUAUUACUGUCAUUUCAAAGUAAUUAGUUACAUUACAAUCAGUGUUGGGAGUAACGCGUUAUAAAAGUAACGAAUUACAGUAAUGCAUUACUUUUUGCUGUAACGCAGUAAUGUAAGGCAUUACAGGGGAAAAAAUAGUAAUAUUUUACUCGGUACAAAUGUGAGUAACGCGCGUUACAGUGUUUUUUUUAACCUGGAUUGAAGUGGUG